AUGUCUUCCAAACUUCCCCAGACCUUCAAGGCCGCUGUCGUCGAGAAGGCCAAUGAGCCGCUUACGAUCAAAGAUGUGCCACUCAAGGAACCUUCCGAGGGGCAAGUCUUGAUCAAGGUCAUCGUUUGUGGUGUUUGCCACACUGAUGAAGCUGUUCGCACGGGCACCUUUGGCCAACCCCCGCGAAUCCCAGGUCACGAAGUGAUUGGUACUGUUGUUGCCUUGGGCCCAGGUGAGAAGAAGUGGAAGAUUGGGGAUCGCGUUGGUGGGCCUUGGCACGGUGGACAUGACGGCAUAUGCAGGCAGUGCAAUCGCGGUCUCUUCCAGAUGUGUGACAAUGAAGUGGUCAAUGGAGUCUCGCACGAUGGCGGAUAUGCCGAAUAUUGUCUUCUACGCUCUGAAGCUGUCGUCCGCAUCCCAACGGACAUCGAUCCGGCGGAGGCCGCGCCGUUGCUCUGCGCUGGCGUGACCGUCUUCAACGGCAUCAGGAAAAUGCAGGUCGUCCCCGGCAGCAUCGUUGCAAUCCAAGGACUCGGAGGUCUCGGACACUUGGCCCUGCAGUUUUCUCGGAAAAUGGGCUAUCGCACCGUUGCGUUGUCCCGCGACGACAGAAAGAAAGACUUUGCACUCAAGCUCGGCGCCACAGACUAUAUCGAUGCCAGCAAGGAGGAUACCAUCGAAGCUCUGCAGAAGCUCGGUGGCGCGGAUCUGAUUGUUGCGACCGCGCCAAACCCCGAGAUCAUCGGCCAGCUUGUCAAUGGUUGUGCUGCAGGUGGCAAAGUUCUGAUCAUUGCACCGGUUGGUGACGUUGUGCUCAACACCGUGCCGAUGAUCUUGAAGGGGAUCUCUGUUCAUGGGUGGCCGUCCGGACAUGCUCUCGACUCGGAAGAAACCAUCGAGUUUGCACGCAUACACGGUGUGAAGUGCAUGAUCGAGAAGUUCCCACUCAGCAAGGCGCAGGAGGCUAUGGACCACAUGCUGAGCGGCAAGGUCAGGUUCAGGGGUGUGUUGACGAUGGACUCUCCCCGCAAUUUCCACCUUUCCAAGGAUCUGGCUGACAAAGCGGCUGUGCGUUACGUGAACGAAUUGGAGGCCAGGGUAGAGUGGCUGGAGUCCAUCAUCAGAGAUCAUCUUCCAAACAUCGAUUUGAGCGCCGGACCAGACUCGAGAACCAACAGUUCACGUGACAACAAUCCUAUCCAGGAAGAUGCAUCUCUUCAGACGAUAUCGGAUCAGAUCGGGCUGGUUUCCAUAUCGGCAGGUGCGGAUCUCCGCUACCUGGGCCCGUCCAGCGGCUUGUUCUUCAUGAGAUUCGUCCUAGCCGGGCUUGGAAAGAGGAUCCAGAUUGAAAGACCAUCCACUCCGGAUCCCGUAGCAGACGACGGCCUCUCAAUUCCUCCCGAUCUGCUGCUCGUCCAACCGAGAGAACUACCCCCCGAUGAGAAGCAUGCGCGAUGGCUGUCGCAGGCAUACUUCGACAGCGUGCAUCUGCAAUUUCCAUUCCUGCAUGAGAAGAUACACCUGCAAACCAUUCAAACAAUGUAUGAUGGCAUCAACGUUGGACCGGUGCUUGAAUUCCAAGUCUUCAUGGUUCUCGCUAUAGGAGCUACCAUCCAGUCACGAAAGGCAAAGGUAAUGCUCUCUGCCGAGGGCUACUACGCAUCUGCGAUCGAUCGUCUCGAUAGCACGGUCCAGGCCACAUCGCUUGGUGGACUCCAGUGCAUCUUACUUCUUCAGAUGUAUACUCUUAACAAUCCAUCGUCUGGGCUCAGCUUGUGGCUUCUUCACUACCAUGGGUUGGCAUUAUCAAUCGAGCUCGGCUUGCAGCGGGAGGUUCCAAACGAUAAGUUCACUACUUUUGAAAAGCAAAUGCGCACCCGGACAUUCUGGAGCAUUUACACAAUCGACCGCCUCCUAAGCACUCUAAUGGGGAGACCGAUAGGUGUGAUGGAUGAGCAGUGCGAACUAAGAUUACCACUCGAUAUCAACGACAGCGACCUCCACCAGCAACCACACCAGCAGACCGGUACCCUCACAAACAUGACGACCGCAAUCCACCUCUUCAAGCUCGCCCGGCUCAACUCGGAAACUAAAUGCGUCCUGUACUGCGUCGACCGACAGUAUCCACCGUACACCCAACCGGCCAUCACCGACGUAGAAAGCUGGAAAGCGGACAUCCUGGACCGGCUGCGAAAAUGGAAAGCCGACAUCCCCCGCCAUCCGGAAGGGAUCCCGCAAUACCACAUGAAUAUCCUCUGCGAGAUCAAAUACCACGAGCUCGUCAUGCUCAUCCUGCGUCCGAGCCCGCGUUUCCAACAUCCUGACAAAGCUUCCGUCCGCGAGUGCUUUGCGAGCGCGAUGGAGUGCAGCAAGCUCUACCACCGGCUAUACACCACCAAGGCGCUGCAUUUUGGCUGGAGCAGCACCCAUUCGCUUUUCGUGUGCGUGAUGGUCAUGUUUUAUUGCGUCUGGACGCCACAGGGGGUUGCGGACGAAGCAAACUUCGAUUGUCUAAUGCGUUCCCUCAAAGCGUCAUCCGAUGUCCUGAGCGCGAUGGGCGAGUAUUGGCCGGAGGCGACCAGGAGCCGCGGCGUGUUAGAUCGUAUCUCGACGGCAACGAUGCGGCGGUUUACCGAUAAGCUCGGCCCGGUGCGGAGCAACAACGCGCUCGUGGGCUCACAGGCGGAUGUGGGACUCGUAUCUAAUUUGAUUCAAGGGCAACCAGUGGAUUGGAUGAAUUUGGGUACAGCGCCGAAUGUCCUCCCGUCGCCUCAGUUUGGGGACGGACUCACAGGGGGUGAUUUUGCGGCCACUGACUACUACGGAACACUAGACGAUUCGUUCACCUCUGCUGAUAUUCUCUCCUACUUCCUGGGUCCUGGCGAAGAUGCGGACAUGGGUGGUUCUGGGCUCAAUACCAACUAUCAACCUGAUGCGGAUGACGUUAUACGAAAUCUUCUCAAUAGUGGCUUGUAG